AUGGCGGCCACGGCGGGCAGAGCGCUGCCGCUGCUCCUCUGCGGCCGCCGCCCCGCCGCGCUCACCGCCGCCACCGGCCGCUUCCCGGCGCUGGGCCGCCGCCGCCAGCAACAGCAGCAGCAGCGACACCGGACGGUGCAUCAGCGGCUGUCUCCUUGGCAGAGCGUGCGAGUGGCGUAUUGCAGUACCGUAGUGCCCUCUGACGAAGUGACAGUGGUUUACCAAAACGGGUUACCUGUGAUUUCCGUGAGUCUUCCAUCGCGACGCGAGCGCUGCCAGUUCACCCUGAAACCCAUCUCGGACUCUGUGGGGGUGUUCUUACAACAGCUGCAGGCAGAGGACCGAGGAAUUGAUCGGGUUGCAAUCUACUCAGCAGAUGGCACACGCGUCGCCUCCUCCACAGGCAUAGACCUGCUGCUGCUGGAUGACUUCAAGCUGAUCAUUAAUGAUGUCACAUACCAUGUUAGACCACCAAAGAGAGAGCUCUUAAGCCAUGAAAAUGCAACGACGCUGAAUGAUGUGAAGACGUUGGUUCAGCAGUUGUACACAGCCUUGAGCAUCGAGGAGCACCAGCUGAACAAAGAGAAGGAGCUGAUAGGGAGACUAGAGGAGCUGAAGGAGCAACUAGCACCACUAGAAAAAGUAAGGAUGGAGCUCAGCAGGAAAGCAGAGAAGAGGACAACCUUGGUGUUGUGGGGAGGCCUGGCCUACAUGGCCACUCAGUUUGGGAUUCUGGCCCGCCUCACCUGGUGGGAAUAUUCUUGGGACAUUAUGGAGCCAGUCACGUAUUUCAUCACCUAUGGUAGUGCCAUGGCAAUGUAUGCUUAUUUCGUAAUGACCCGCCAGGAAUAUGUUUAUCCAGAUGCCAGAGACAGACAGUACUUACUAUUUUUCCAUAAAGGAGCCAAAAAGACACGAUUUGAUCUAGAGAAAUACAAUCAACUCAAGGAUGCAAUUGCUCAGGCAGAAUUGGAUCUUAAGAGGCUUCGAGACCCACUGCAGGUUCAUCUGCCCAUCCAGCAAAUUUCUGAAAAGGACUGAUCAGCAGAGAAGCUCUGAACCCCGGCCAAAAACCUGUUCAUAGCUCUUGCCUUUUUUAAUUAAAGCAUUGCAGGUGGAAGCUGGGAGGUGGUGUGGGGGGUGGAGGGUUUUUACCUUUAAUCAAGACAAAGGACUGUAAAGGAAGGGGAGGGGGGAAAUCUCUUAAAUCUGAAGAUGGGACAUUGUGGAAUGUUAAUUCUGAAAAGGGCUUGGCAAAUAGUCAUAUUUUACAAACUGACUGAAUGGCGAUUGUGUACAAAUACAGGAUUGGGGGGGUUCAUGAGAAGAAUGUAAUGCUGGGGUGGAGGGGUGUCUUCUUCCAGCUUUGCAGGGUCUGCCUCUUGAUAAGACACCAGCAGCCUGCUUAGCUUUUUAAAUUUUCCUUUACCUGAUUCCAAUCUCUCUCUCUCUCUCUCUCAAAACAAAACAAAAAAAACCAACCAAAAACAACAAAAGGAGACCAAAAAAAAAAAAAAAAAGAACAAAGAAUCCAAGCCACCUGGAGCCUCUGGCUGGUGAUCAGACCUUGCACUCCACCGCCAUUAACACGCACACUUCUGGUCAGACCUGGUCUCUUUUAUAAAAAAGUUACUACGAGACUGCUUUCUACUGGAAAAACCGUGAGCUUCCCCUUCCCAGCCCACCCCCCCUGUGCUCCACUGACUUCCUCCUUUGCUUAUUUGUAGCACAGAUUGGUUGUAGCCAAGUGAGAGAAGGAAUGAGUUUUCUUCUGGACGUUUGAUAAUUGAUAUUUUGGAUUAUUCCGUAUUAACUAUAUAAAUUUCACGUCCCAGUGCCCUUGAGCUCCUUCAAGAAACCCAUGGCAGCAUUGCAUGAGAGGUUUUUUUUAUAUUCAGUCUUAAGGGAGGGGGAGAUUCCCCUCUUCCUACCCCAAAUCUGAUAGCCACCUGGACUGUGAAAUUAUGAAGGCUUUAAAGGGUUACAAAACUGUGGCAGAAUCGUGACUCCUGCUCUUAAAUGAACAGUUUUGGAACGUGGAAUAAUGAAACUGAGGAUAUUUGACUGCUUGUGCAAUGGGAUAAAAGGUUUCAUGUAUGGUCAAAGCAGUUUCCUUGCCCAGAGGCUUUUUGAGAGCCUGGGGCUUCUUACAGUGCAAGACAUAGAACUUUGAUUUUUUUUCUUUUUCUAGCACUUUCCCCUGAUUGAGUAGCUUUAAAUGAACUUUAUGUCCACAGGUCAGAAUUCCUUAGGAGUGGCUAAUGACAUCUCUUGUCCUUAGCCAAAAAGAAAUAGAGGAAGGAAGGUCAACCCAUUGCCCUCUCUCCUAGCCAAGGCUGGCUGGUUUCUGAGCAGAUAAAACAUCUCUUGGUUCAAAGCAGGUCAAGUCUGGUUUAGCAUCCUGCUGAUAAAUGCUCUGGAGACAGGAUGAAGGUGGGAGAAGGACACUAAGCUUUAUAUACAGAAAGGCUGGCUGCUUUUUUUGAUGUUUCACUACUACUCCUCACUGUGUCGUGGAAAGAGGCUUCGUGUUUUGAUUUUUUUUUUCUUUUUUUGGAGAAUCAUGUUUUAAAAAACAACAAAAAAAAAAGGAAAAAUAGGAAAGAAAAUAAUUCAGUAUUAAUUAGACUCCAGGUGCCUUGCAGAUGUGGAAACACAGCUGGGAUUGCUGCUUCUUCUCACUCAAUGGCAUGUUGGACCGAAUGGGUGCAUGUUUCUAGUUUUGUUUUUCUUUUCCCUUCCCUUUUCCCUCUGUCUUUCCAUUUAAUUACAUCGUGUGAUUAUUUUUUUAUCUGUUUUAUCCUGUUUGUGUGAUGAGUUUUAAAGGGGAGAAAAAAAAAAAAAAAGAACACAAUCCUGUAGCUGAAUCCUUGGUGUGUGUUUGGGACGAGGGAGGGAGCAUGGAGAAAAGUCCUUCUUUAAAAAAAAAAAAAAAACAAACAAAACAAAAAAAAACCUGAACAUGUGUAAAAUCCUGUAUCAUUUAUGAAAUAUGUAUAAAAGAGCAAUGUACUUCUGGAACAAUAAAUAACUAUUCAAUUUUUGAA